GUCCGCGCUCCUCCGCGGGCUCGCGCUUCCCAUCCUUCAGAAACAGUUACUUUUCCCGCUCGGAGGCCAAGGAGGCAAAGGUAUGGGCCAGGCGGCGGUGGCCAGGUGGCAGGAGCGAGAGCCAGUGUGCGAGGCCCGGUGGCUGGGUAGUGCUGGCCCAGGACACAUUCACCUUGAAGAGGAAGACAGGGGCGGAAGACCAACAUCGUGGAGGCGGUGGAGCAUUUGAACAAUUUCCAGUGACAGCAUGGGACAGUGUGAAGAAUACUAUUUGCUGGGAAACCUCAGUUAUGAAAAACCUCCUCCUGGGCUUAUCAAGGAAGAUGAGACUAAGCCAGAAGACUGUAUACCAGAUGUGCCAGGCAAUGAACAUGCCAGGGAAUUUCUGGCUCACGCACCAACGAAAGGACUUUGGAUGCCACUGGGGAAAGAAGUCAAAGUUAUGCAGUGUUGGCGUUGUAAACGGUAUGGUCACCGAACAGGCGACAAAGAAUGCCCUUUCUUUAUCAAAGGCAACCAAAAGUUAGAACAGUUCAGAGUAGCACAUGAAGAUCCCAUGUAUGACAUCAUACGAGAGAAUAAAAGACAUGAAAAGGAUGUAAGGAUACAGCAGUUGAAACAGUUACUAGAGGAUUCUACCUCCGAUGAGGAUGGAAGCAGCUCUAGUUCCUCAGCAAGUAAAGAGAAACACAAGAAAAAGAAGAAGAAAGAAAAGCAUAAGAAAAGGAAGAAGGAAAAGAAGAAGAAGAAAAAACGAAGGCAUAAGUCUUCCAAGUCAAAUGAGAGUUCAGACUCGGACUGAACAACUCGACUUUUUCAACAUUCUCUUCUCCCACAUCAGACACUGCGGCCAAAGACCAGAGGCGUGCAAUCCGGGAGGACUAGGAUAGAGCAGGGUAUUUGGUGUCCCGCAUGUGAAUUCUCACCUGCCUUCCAGCAGAGAUGUGACCCCAGGAGGGUGAGUUGUACUUUUCUGGGCGCUAGCUCUGGACAGCGGCUGAUGUCAGGCAGGAGAGCUUUGUCCAGUAUCUUCCUCCCGCUGAUCCCUGCAGUUUGUGAUUCCUUCAAGCUGCCUCUGCCAGGGUGGCCGGACCAAGGAAUGAGUCUCUGAGGAUGCUCCAGGUGCUGCUGCAGCCUUUCCUCCCCAGGGCGCUACUUAAUUCCCAGAGACUUCAGGUUUGACUUUCCUCUGUUGUUCAGGAUAAUAAAAGCUUGUUAUUUAUUUUUUAAA